UGACGUAUGCUGUCAAAGUGGCGUGUACAACGGCGAAGACGCCAAGAAUGCUAUUUUGUUUAUUACAAUUUUAGGAAUACUAUCUAAAACGCUUUUGGUAUGUUAUUUUCAUACAAGAUAAGUGUUCAAGUUUAGUAAUUCUAACAAUAUGGCAGCAGGUCCUAUUGCUGAGCGAAAUCAAGAUGCAACAAUAUAUGUUGGUGGUCUUGAUGAUAGAGUCUCGGAGAGCCUCCUCUGGGAAUUGUUUGUGCAAGCAGGGCCUGUGGUGAAUGUACAUAUGCCCAAAGACCGUGUAUCACAAACACAUCAAGGAUAUGGAUUUGUGGAAUUUAUGGGAGAGGAAGAUGCAGAUUAUGCCAUCAAGGUAAUGAAUAUGAUAAAACUAUAUGGUAAGCCUGUAAGAGUCAAUAAGGCUUCAGCCCAUCAGAAGAAUCUUGAUGUAGGAGCUAAUGUGUUCAUUGGAAACUUGGACCCGGAAGUGGAUGAGAAAUUACUUUAUGACACAUUCUCAGCAUUUGGUGUCAUAUUGCAAACACCAAAGGUAAUGAGAGAUCCAGAAACGGGUAACUCUAAAGCAUUUGCGUUCAUCAAUUUUGCAUCAUUUGAAGCGUCGGAUGCUGCUAUCGAAGCCAUGAACAAUCAGUAUCUGUGCAACAGACCUAUUUCAGUGUCAUAUGCUUUCAAGAAAGAUGUCAAAGGAGAGAGACAUGGUUCUGCAGCUGAAAGAUUGCUCGCAGCCCAAAAUCCUCUAUCGCAUGCGGACCGUCCUCACCAGCUGUUCGCAGACGCACCGCCGACUAUGAUGGGUCCCAUCCUGAUGGCCCCUCCGCCGCCGCCUGCGCCGAGCCCAAUGCCACCACCUGGACCUCCAAUGAGCGGACGGCCGCCACCUCCCCUACCGCUGGCAGCACCUCCACCACCUCCUUCAACCAUGCCUCCUCCCGGCCCCCCACCGCCGCCGGGACCGCCACCUCCCCCGCCACCCUUCCACCACUUCCCCCCGCCCUUCGGCCCACCGGGAUUCGGCCCCCCUCCCCCGCCCGGCGCGCGCCCCCCACCCCCGUGGAGACCUCCACCACCUCAGUUCAGGCCACAGUUCCCUCCGCGCGGUCCUCCGCCGUUUGGUCAUCCGCCAUUCCCCCCGCACCACCCGCCUGAACCUAAUUAUAAUUAUUAG